CCCUCGCUCGCGCCUGCGCUGAGUCGCAGUCAGUUUGGCUUUGGGUUCCGAAGGGAGUGGGGCUCUGAAGGGCCAGCGGCGCGCGGCGGCCGCCCCGAGGCCGGGCAGCGGGGCCUCCGCCAUGCCGGGGAUGGUGCUGUUCGGUCGGCGCUGGGCCAUCGCCAGCGACGACCUGGUCUUCCCGGGGUUCUUCGAGCUGUCCCUGAGAGUGGUGUGGUGGAUUGGCAUUUUGACUUUGUAUCUCAUGCACAGAGGGAAGCUGGACUGUGCAGGUGGAGUUCUGCUCAGCAGUUACUUGAUCGUUCUUAUCGUUCUCUUGGCAGUUAUUAUAUGUACAGUGUCUGCCAUCGUGUGUGUCAGCAUGAAAGGAACCAUCUGCAAUCCUGGGCCACGGAAAUCUAUGUCCAAACUGCUUUACAUCCGCCUAGCGCUCUUUCUGCCGGAAAUGGUCUGGGCUUCUCUGGGGGCUGCCUGGAUAGCAGACGACGUUCAGUGUGACAAGACGGUGGUGAACGGUAUCAUUGCCACCGUUGUCAUCAGCUGGAUCAUCAUCAUUUCCACUGUGGUCACCAUCAUCGUUGUGUUUGACCCCCUUGGGGGGAAAAUGGCUCCCUAUCCCUCUGCUGGCCCCAAUCACUUGGACAGUCAUGAGUCGAGCCAGCUAUUCAGUGGCCUCAAGACAGCAGCUACCAGCGUGUGGGAAACCAGAAUCAAGUUCCUGUGCUGUUGCGUUGGGAAUGACGACCAUACUCGAGUUGCUUUUUCGAGUACGGCAGAGCUUUUCUCAACCUACUUUUCAGACACCGAUCUGGUGCCCAGCGACAUUGCAGCAGGCCUCACUCUUCUCCAUCAGCAACAAGACAAUAUUAGGAACGGCCAGGAGCCUGAUGAGGUGAUCAGCCAUUCCCCAGGGCCCCCCCAGGAAGCUGAUUUGGACGCAGAGUUAGCAAAUUGUCACCAUUACAUGCAGUUUGCAGCAGCGGCCUAUGGAUGGCCCCUCUACAUCUAUCGGAACCCCUUCACAGGGCUCUGCAAGAUUGGUGGGGACUGUUGUAGAAACAGGACAACAGAAUAUGACUUGGUUGGAGGUGAUCAGCUCCACUGUCAUUUUGGCUCCAUCCUGCAUACGACAGGACUGCAGUACAGGGACUUCAUUCACAUAAGCUUUCAUGACAAGGUCUAUGAGCUCCCCUUCUUAGUGGCCCUGGACCAUAGGAAAGAAUCUGUUGUGGUAGCUGUGAGAGGUACCAUGUCUCUCCAGGACAUCCUCACGGACCUGUCAGCGGAGAGUGAGACCCUCAGCUUAGAAUGUGGGGUGCAAGACUGUUCGGCACACAAGGGGAUUUCUCAAGCUGCCAGAUAUGUUUACCAGCGCCUCGUCAACGAUGGGAUUUUGAGCCAAGCAUUCAGCAUCGCUCCCGAGUAUCAGCUCGUGGUGGUGGGGCACAGCCUGGGGGCGGGCGCCGCAGCCGUGUUGGCCAUCAUGCUCCGGAACUCAUACCCGCAGGUCCGGUGUUACGCCUUCUCCCCACCCAGGGGGCUACUGAGCAAAUCCCUUUAUGAAUACUCUAAGAAUUUCAUCGUGUCACUUGUCCUAGGCAAGGAUGUCAUUCCCAGGUUAAGUGUGACUAACCUGGAAGAUUUGAAGAAGAGAAUCUUGCGAGUGAUUGCUCACUGUAACAAGCCCAAGUACAAGAUCCUGCUGCACGGGUGUUGGUAUGAGCUGUUCGGAGGAAGCCCUGAUAACUCUCCCACGGAGCUGGAUGGGGGCACCCAGGGGGACCUGACACAGCCGCUUCUGGGGGAGCAGAGCCUGCUAACACAUGGGUCCCCGACAUACAGCUUCUCCAGCGACUCCCCCUUGGAGUCCCCCACCAAGUACCCACCCCUCUACCCUCCCGGCAGGAUCAUCCACCUGGAGGAAGAAGGCACUUCGGGGAGGUUUUGCCGUGCUGCUGCUCAGUACUGUGCGAGGUGGUCCCAUGAAUCACAGUUCAGCAAAAUACUCAUCGGCCCAAAGAUGUUAACAGACCACAUGCCUGACGUCCUGAUGAAGGCCUUGGACAGCGUGGUAGCCGACAGGGCUGCAUUUGUUCUCUGUCCAGCCGGAGGCAGCUCGAACGUGGAUGUGGUGUAACUGGGGCUAAUGCCACCUGCUCCGGGAUGACUCACUUUUGUUCUUACAUGGACAAAAUCAGAGUGAUUCCAUGAUGCCAGUACCUUGGAUGUCCAUUGGUAGGAAUCUGGUGGGUACUAAAUUCGAUGGUUUUCUAAAUCACUGAAUAACUUGGGAAGUGACUUUGAUCCAAGUAUUAGCAGGAUCAGUUAUCAGGAGAGAGGACUGAGAUGAUGGGACUCAAUCUGAAGCUUCAGGGCAACUCCCUUGGUGAUCUGAGAACUGUCCCAGGAAAGGGUGGGAACCCAAGGCCAGGUUUAAGACCCGGAUGGAUCUGUAGAUUCCCACCCCUUAGGCCACCUUUUUGCUGACAGGUUCUUACCAUUGUUUAGAGGAGACCUGCAUGCAGAUCUGCAGUUUAUUUUGCAAACUGGAUUUUCCUGGCUGCACCAACUCAGUACUCCAUUGUCAGGGCACAGAUGGGUUUCUCCUGGGUGGCCUGAAGGGCUGGCUCCGAGGCUGGGCUAGGAAUGGGACCACUGCCCCCAAGCACUCCAGUCUCAAUUUCAAGCUGUUUCAUUUUCACAAAAUAUUCUGGCUUUUGGAGAUCAGCCAGUGGACUCGGAGUGAAUAAAGCACUUACACGUGUCAUUACUGUGAUGUAUUUAUCUAUUGGAUAUUUCCAGGAAGGUUUUACCAGCAAUCCUGUUGUAAAAGUUUUGUCCAUUGUGAACAAAAAUGAAGCCUUAGGCUUUUUUGGAGCUUUGGCCUAAAGGUUGAAGAUCACACAGGCAUCUGAUUUAACCCCACCAAAGUGCUAGAAAAUGACAGUAAACAGAUCUCUUUAAAAAGCAUAAACCCACACGGAUGGGGAAAGAAGAGAAGGAACAAUUGGUUGGCUAGAGAUAAAAUCCUAAGUGGAGGAGGAAAAACCAGAACUACCCUGGUUUAGGAUUCUGAUCCCCUCUCCCCUGUGCACAGCAGGGAACCAGUGAAAGUGAGGCUGCUUAUUUGAAAGCUGGAAGUUUGGCCCUUGGGUUUGUUCUGGGGGGGAAGAGCCCUAGACAGCAGUGCAGUGGGGGGCGGGGGGAACAACACACUCCUCAGCUUCUUCUACUUAGGUGUCUUAACUGCCACAGGUUUUGUGUCUAAACACAAUUCCUGUACGUUCCUAGUGGCAGAAAGCUAAGAGAUUUUGGACACCUGUUGCUACCACCUAUGGUGCCUGGUUUCCAGUCUGCCCCCUUCCCUUUAUUUUUUUAAUUUUUUUAAAGAUUUUAUUUUUAUGUAUUCAUGAGAGACACAGAGAGAGGCAGAGACGCAGAGGGAGAAGUAGGCUCCAUGCAAGGAGCCUGACGUGGGACUCAAUCCCAGGACUCCAAGAUCAUGCCCUGAGCCGAAGGCUCAACCGCUGAGCCACCCAGGCAUCCCUUCCCUUUAAGAUUUAUUUUAGAUUGAGUGAGCAUGGGGAGGAGGUAGGAGGGGAGAAAGAAUUUCAGACCACACUGAGUGUAGGGAGCCCAUUGCAGGGGUCAAUUCUCAGACCCUGAGAGAUCAUGACCUGAGCCAAAACUGAAUCAGACGUUCAACCAGUUGUACCUCCAGGUGCCCCCCCAGUCUGCUUUCAUAGCCUCACAACUUCUAAGCAUGGGCCCGGGUCUACCGGGCACAGAAAAACAAGGGACCAGGAGUAGCAAUCCCAGCUACAGCGUGGGAACAGAGAAAGCAUUGCAACCACAAAACAGGUCCCGAGGCUGGAACACGACGGAGGAUAACCCCUGAAGGUGAAAAGCAUGAGCACUGGACUCCAGGGCAGCUGGGCAACAGCGCCCCAGCCGACAGAACCCACAAGCAAAAAGGCUCAGAGAAGCCCAGGCUGUGCAAGACGGGAAGAAAUCUCACAGAGCUUAUCAACAUAAGUUCACUCCACACAACAGAAAUGGCCAAGGAAGACCCGAGGGAGCGGCCUUCAAAACGGAAAGGAAACCAUUUCCACUCCAGCACUUCGGACCAGCCAGGAAGGAUCAAGGGAGAAGGAAGUUGUUUUCAAAGACACAAGGCUGAGAAACCCAUUUCCCACACACUUACUUCUUUCUCAGGAAACUCUUGGAGGUGUUCAAGAUAAAGCAAAUUAAAAAGGAGUUGGCGGCAUGUAGCUGGCUCAGUCAUUUGCGCGUGGGCUCCUGAUGCUGGAAUUGGGAGUGAGGCCCACAGUGGCCCAGGGGAUACGAAGAUCAGCACAUCAGGGAACAGUGGCCCAAGGAUUCUGAGACUUUUAGGAAAAUGAAAUUUGUGAAACAAAAUAAAUCUACACGUUUGAGAUUUAGAUCACAGAUGGAAGUUCACUUACUAGAUCAUUAAGCAAAAUCGAAAUUAAGCAAAGUACCAGUUAUUCCUAAAAAAAAAGCAGUUGUGCAGCCAAGUUUUGUUCCUCCACAGCUCAGCAAGGAAUAUUCACAUGGAUACUCAAUAGUGACCACCAACCAAAAUAAUUCUGUUUAGGGAAGGGAGUGGGGGGAGUUGCCACUCCAGGAGUAUCUGUGGUAGCAGCUGAAACUGAAAAUGCAACCAGCCAUAAAGUGACUUAGCCUGACCCCCAGGGCCCGGGGCGGGGGGGCUGGAGACUGAAGCAAAUAAAUUGCCUGUGAUUUAA